UGUUGCACGGGAGCUCGUGGAUGGAGAGGAUGACCACGUUGCUUUACUUUAGUCUGCUCCUGCAGCUCUCUCUGUGGGAAAGGACAGAGGCCAUCCAUCCAGACUGUGCUCUGGUAGUUCAGCACAUGAGGGCUCAGGAGGAGUGUCACCAGAUCCUCAGAGACCAGGAGAAGAACCACUCGACAAGGACAGGUUGUCCAACGUUUUGGGACAAUAUCCGUUGUUGGUCCCGUGCCGAGGUUGGACAGGUGGUCAGUGUCUCGUGUGCCAACGUCUCCCAGCUGUUUGCUAAUAACAAAGGUUACGUCUACAGAAACUGCACCGAGGACGGCUGGUCCGAGCUCCACCCGUCCUACGAGGAUGCCUGUGAGUUCACUGAGUACGAAGUGACAGAACCAGAGACGAUAUACUUCUCCAACUUCAAGCAGGUGUACACGGCGGGCUAUGCCACCUCCCUCAUCUCUCUAAUAUCAGCCAUUUUUGUCUUCACUGUUUUCAGGAAGUUCCACUGCACGAGGAACUACAUCCACAUCAACCUGUUCUUCUCCUUCAUCCUGAGAGCGAGCGCCGUCUUCAUCAAAGACGCCGUCCUUUUCUCUGAUGAGAACCUUGACCACUGCUUCAUGUCCACUACGUCAUGUAAAUCAGCCGUGGCUUUCUUCCAGUUCAGCAUCCUGGCCAACUACUUCUGGCUGCUGGUGGAGGGCAUGUACCUGCAGACGCUGCUCGCUCUCACCUUCGUCUUCCAGAAGAAAUACUUCUGGUGGUACAUAGUCAUCGGCUGGGGUCUCCCAACAACAAUCAUAACAGCGUGGAUCCUCACUCGAAACUUCUACGAUAACACCGGAUGCUGGGAUGACACAGAGGUGGCCUUCAUCUGGUGGAUCAUUAAAGCUCCAAUAACAGCAUCUCUGCUGGUGAACUUUAUCAUCUUCAUCAACGUGAUCCGCAUCCUGGUCCAGAAGCUGAGAUCUCCUGGUAUGGGUGGGAACGACACGAGUCACUUCAAGAGGCUGGCCAAAUCCACUCUGCUCCUCAUCCCUCUGUUUGGGAUGCACUACAUGGUGUUUGCUUUUCUGCCAGAGAACACCGGAGCAGAGGCUCGGAUCUUUAUAGAGCUUGGUCUGGGAUCCUUUCAGGGUUUUGUUGUGGCCCUGCUCUACUGUUUCCUGAAUGGUGAGGUGCAGGCAGAAUUAAAGAAGAGGAUCUGGAAGUGGCAGACUCAGAGCUACCUGAGCUACAGUAAACGACGGCGUACGUUAUUCACUGAAAGCAGCACGGUCACCCAGAUAUCAGUCCUGGAUAAAUCAAGUCCUAAAGACCAGCCGCCCUCAGAGACAAAUGCCCUCACACCCAAUAAUGUGUCAGCUGUCUGAGGAACUAACAAACAUGCCGGUCUUCAUGUCCGGGGUUACAGCAUCCUGAGAUAGAGCCUGCUGAAUGUUCGAGGUACCUCCUCUUAAACGGUUCGAGGGAUGUGCAGAAUACUGUGUGGGCUGUUUACUGAAAUCCCGUGUUUUUUACGCACUAUGAUCCAAACAUUCUGGCCUCUAAAUUUCUCCCAUGACAUUUAUUAUUUUUCACCUCACAGGCUUCGGUCACAGAGGUCAAGGCUUCGAUUGUGGGCAUGAGAUUUGCUCUAGGA